AUGAGUUCAAGCAAUUCUACGUCGCAGAGUCGACAGACAAAAUCCAAGGCAGCGACAAGUGGUGUCGCCAAAACGAAGAAAUCUUCUGCCUACAAUGAUAAUUUCGAACAGCAUCUUAUCGAUUAUUUUAUUUACCCAGAAGGAUAUGAACAUUCUGAGGACCGCUCCACCCCAGAGCCCGCGAAUUCGAGUCAAACCCGUCAGGAGCUAUUGAAUUCUAGAGCAUCUCUAUCACCCUCCAUUUUCACUGAACCAGUGUUCCGUGACUUCAAGCGGAAAAAUAAAGCUAAAUCGGAAGGCAGCGUAAUGCGGAAUGUGAUCCCUAUGAUUGCUGGUAGCACAAGUACUCCAAACGAGGGCAAUAUUCCAUUCACAAACCUCCUAUCGCUUACAGAUGAGACUACUGUUAAGGCGAUCCCAGACUUCUUUGAUGGUGCUACGGCAAGCGAUGUCCAUGGUCAAGUCAGACAAUCGCUCAACAAGCUUAUUGUUCCCUCGAAGCAUGCCAGCGUUCCAGUUGUUCCCAACUUCUUCCUAGAAGCCAAGGGCCCAGAUGGAGGUGCCUCUGUAGCGCAGCGGCAGGCUUGCUACGACGGGGCGCAUGGAGCCCGUGCUAUGCACGCUUUACAAAACUACCAAGCAACAGAGCCAAUAUAUGACGGCAAUGCAUACACCUAUAGUUCGACCUACAACUCUGCGACAGGUACCCUUCAGCUCUUUGCUCACCACGCUACAACGCCUGCUACUACUAGUCAACGGCCUGAGUACCACAUAACUGAAAUUGAUGGAUGGCAAAUGACGGGCAAUGUUGACUCCUUUCGGCGCGGAGCGACUGCAUUUCGAAAUGCUAGAGACUUGGCAAAACGACACCGGAACUGUCUUAUCCAAGCAGCGAAUAUUAAAGCUACCCAAUUGAUGGCAAUACCUCAAGAAGAUAAGUUCGAAGACGCAAGCUGUUAA